UCGGCGGAGGUGGGUGUGUGUUGGGGAGCCCGGGGCUGGCCGCAGUCACCCCGCGGCGGCUCAGCCCAGCCCAGCCCAGCCCCGGCAGGAGACGCCUGUAGCUGGCCAGGUAGCGCCUGGGGCUUUGGGGCGCAGACCCAGAUCAAAUGCAGCCCAAGCCACUCCCGACCGAAGCUGGGGGGCAGCGAGAUGACCCAGUUCUCGGAAAGCCCACUCGCCAAUAAGCAGUCUCUUUUUUGCAAAGAACGGUGGCGAAUUUCAGGAACAUGUCCAGGCCUGAAAGGAGAAGCGGACGUAGGCAGCGUCUCUAUACUUAUAACUGCACGUAAACACGCUACAUGCACACGCAUGUGUAUGUGCCCGAGCAUGGCUGCGGUCGGGCACAGAGCUCUCUCGACACCACUGACUCGCUGGUCAGAGAACAAGGCUCGGGCAUUUCGUGCCUGCGAAAUGGUGCGGUUUAUCUUUAAGGAGGCCAGAAAAAUAAGCGAUGAGGCUCACGUUGCACGGAUGACAUCACUAGCUUUUGGCUGCGCGCUCCGUGUUCUCGUCUGUGGGUUUUAGCCAAGGCUGCAGCGCCCGGCGCCCGAGCGAGCGAGCGAGCGCGCGCGGUAGCGGCUUCCUCCGGCGCCCGCACCCGGGCGGUGAGAUUUCUGGAGCCUCCCCCCGGGCGCAGGCCGGGCUCUCGCUCUUCCCAGAAAGCGGCCGAGCCCGCGAGGCCUUGGGGCCGCGGCGGCGGGGAGGAGAAGGAAGCGGGGCCACCCAGCCUCCCUCCCCCACUCUCGCCCCGUUCGCCUCGGCGACCACCGCGCGCCGGGCGCCGGACCGUGGGACGCCGGGGCCGGCACGAGAUUCUCCGCACGCUGCAGACCGAGCCGGCGUCUCGGCGCCCGGGUGUGCUGCGAAGACCCUGGUGCAGUCCGAGAGCGGCUGACCCUAGCUGGGCAGGGCAGAGCCGGCGCAGGUGGCGGGAGCAGGGGGCGGGUUGUUCUGCGGGGCCCGGGCUCCCUCUCAGCGUCUGCAGCGUUUUCUUUGCACCUGGGCCGAACGCUCCCGGGGCGGCGGGCGGCGGAGGCGGGUCUGGAGCCUGCGGAGAGGACCCUCGUGGAGCCAGACGGCGCUAGAGAGAGCGGCAGGACGCGGGGGGCCCUGGCUGCGUGGCCGGCGGCGCGCGGCGACGGCGCGCCCUGUCCAUGGUGUUGAAGGCGCGGUGCCCCGAGCGCCCCGCGCCGCGCGCCCUGCCGGGUGCGCCUCCCUCGGCGCAGCCCGCCCCUCGCACGCGCCAGCUGCGGCCCAUUCUCCGCAGACCUCCGGCCGGGACUGAAUCCCGUAGCGCCUCCCGGGUGAGCGCGCCGCCGGCCCGCGGGGCCGCCUGAAUGGGGCGCCCAGCAGCAGGCGGCCGGGGAGAGCCCAGGGAAAGGUCGGCGGCGGCCGUGCGGCCGGGGGGAGCCCUCCUCUGAGCGCAGCGCGUGGGCCGGACGGAGCGAGGGACCUGCCGGUCGCCCGAGGACGCGGACUGCUUAGAAGAUCCGGCCCUGGGAGGAAGAACGUUUCUGGGUGCGCGUCCCUGGCCUCCACUCGCAGACCGGACGGCGGGGAGCCCCUGAGCGGGCGACGCAGGCGGGACUCGGGGCAGCCGGCCCCGGCAUCCGCGGGCACCCUCGCCAGCCCCCUGCAUCCGGGCGGCUUCAGGUCGCCCUGCCGUCGAGCGGCGCGGCGAGCCAGGAGAGACGGUGCAGUCGCCGCCGCGCACAAAGAAACCCCCGCAAGCCCCGCCGCAGCCCAGGGCGCCUGGUGUUUAGUUUCCGGCCGCAGGCAGCGGCGCCCGGAUCGGGGCGGGGAGGGGGCGGGAGCCGGCUGGGUAGCCUUGGCCGCCGCCCGCCGGAGGCUGCACCUGCCUCGGAGGAUGCCCAGGAGCCCGCCGGGGCCUCCGCGGGUCAGAACUUCGUAGGCCGCCCGCGCGCAUCCCCGCACGGGUAGGCGGGGGCCGAGGGGGCGCCGCGGCGCGAGUGCCCCCGCCGUCCCCACCCCCCAGCUCGGCCGCCCGCCCGCCGCUUUGUUCGGGCGCGCCGAGGGAAGGCGAGCUGCGGCGGAGCAUGCCCAUGGUGUAGCGGCCGAGCGGAGGCAUGGCUGCCGGAAGGUUGCUGCUCUACACGGGCCUCUCGCUAGCGCUCUGCGCCCUCGGCAUGCUGGCCGUGGCCAUCUGCUCCGACCACUGGUACGAGACGGACGCCAGGAAGCACAGGGACAGGUGCAAGGCCUUCAACACCCGCCGGGUCGACCCUGGCUUCAUCUACAACAACAACAACAACUUGCCGCUCCGCGCGAGCCGCUCGCGGCUGGACCGCUGGGAGGGCAAGCUCCUGCGGGCCCGGAACCGCCGGCAGCUCUUCGCCAUGAGCCCCGCGGACGAGUGCAGCCGGCAGUACAACUCCACCAACAUGGGCCUCUGGAGGAAGUGCCACCGGCCGGGCUUCGACCCCGAGAUCGCCGCGCUCAUCCGGAAAGGAGAAAUUGAGAGAUGCACUUACAUCAAAUACCACUACUCCUCAGCAACCAUCCCCAGGAACCUCACUUUCAACAUCACGAAGACCAUCCGUCAGGACGAGUGGCACGCCCUGCACCUGCGCAGAAUGACGGCCGGCUUCAUGGGCAUGGCGGUGGCCAUCAUCCUGUUCGGCUGGAUCAUCGGCGUGCUGGGCUGCUGCUGGGACAGAGGCCUUAUGCAGUAUGUCGCGGGGCUCCUCUUCCUCAUGGGAGGAACCUUCUGUAUCAUUUCACUGUGCACCUGUGUGGCUGGGAUCAACUUCGAGCUGUCACGCUAUCCACGCUACCUGUAUGGACUCCCCGAUGACAUCAGCCACGGCUACGGAUGGUCCAUGUUCUGUGCGUGGGGGGGCCUGGGGCUCACUCUCAUCUCGGGAUUCUUCUGUACCUUGGCCCCUUCUGUCCAACCUGUCCCGAGGACCAACUGCCCUAAAUCCAGACCCGAGAACGGGACAGUGUGCUAAGAGACAAACCCACACAUACACACACACACACACACACACUCACACAUAUAUAUAAAUAUAUAUAUAAUAUACAUAUAUAAAACGAGACUCAAUCAACAUGAUGCCAGUGCCAAGGUAGACUUGAGUUGGCUUAGGCACCCGCGUCUCGCUGGACUGUGUGUUGCCUCAUCACCGAGUUGGGGAAAGCGCUCCCAUUCCGUGGCUCUUCCAUCCAUUCUUGACUUUGGGCUCCAUGGUUUCCCGAAGACAGAGCGAACACCGCACUUGUGAUAGAAUCCAGGUCCCUGUCAGCCUCAAGGACGGGUGCUGAGCUGGACGGGACAGUGGCCGUGGUCUGAAGCCACCCACAUGGGCCAGCAGGCGCGGACACCGCCCCACCCACCCAUCACAUCCCAGGAAGCAAGGUCCUUAGUUCCUAGAACACACCCACGUCUCCGAGGCCCUUUUCAGCGCCGUGUCUCCUCCUGCUCUUCUUGUUCCGAAUUCCUUCCUGGCCCACCAGCGACACACAAGGAGCAGAAGAGAGAACACACCGAGAAGAAGUUUUCUCUUUGCUGCCGAACUUUUGCACAGUUUUAGAGGUGGGACGGGGAGAGGCUGUGCCGAGAGGCGAGGUCUGCAUCGAUGAACGAUCACUGCGCUGAUGCUCAGAGAACCCGGUCUUACCUCCCACUGCCUUACACCCAGUAACGCAAGCGGCCCCCUCGCCCUAGCCCACCUGCACUCCGGGCAGCUCGGAGCCGUGGAGUAGUGCUGUGAUGUGCGUGCAUGUGCGUGUGCGUGUGUGUGUGUGUGUGUGUGUGUACUUCGAGUGGCCUCCUCUUCUUCCUUUCCACCUUUGACAUGGAGGUCUUGCAUUGUGACUGCUGUGGUUUCAUGGCCCCAGAUGGAGGCCCAGGGCCCUAGGAAGUGUGAGGGCCAGGUCUCUCUGGGUGCCAGUUCUACAGCUACAGCUCCCUGGAGAGUUGUAUGUGUGUGUGUGUGUGCAUGAAUGUUUCCUGAGUGUGAGGUUGUAUUGUUUGUGUUAGAUUUUUUUUUCUGUUAUUUUGGAACAGCUGAAAUUCCCAGAGGGCCGAACCAAGAACAAAAUCACUGGGCCCGAGGCCCGCGUGGUUCUUCACGUUGCAGCUCUGGGACUCCGCAGGACUUAGUCUUCUGAUUCCGGAAGUUCAAGAUGUGGCUAGGCACAAAGGCCGCGGGAGAAGAGGGAGCUCACGGCUCAGGGGGGAGAAGGAAUGUUGCCUCUGGCUGCUGCCGCCGAGUGUGUCAACCAGAAGCGACCUCACUCCCUGGCCUGGGCGCUGUCCCUUGUCACUGGACAUCCACCCCUUUCCCGGGGUGACAUCUGUACAGAUGAAAGGAAAUGGGUCAGGUGCUGAGAGAGCACCGUCACCCCCCGCCCCCAGCUCCAGCUUGUAUGUCAUGUACAUUCACGGAGAACCCUCGACUCUUCCCAUCCUUCCCCCCGCCCCGUCCUCUUGAUAUUCAAGGCCAUGAAUCCCAAAAUAGCCGUCUCAGUGGCUGCACCCAAACAGAGGUGGAACAAAUCCAUUCCAGUGUCUCAGGCUCAUUGGAGCAAAUUGGCACUGCAGGUGUCGGUGAGCGAAGAUGUUAGCCAGAGAGUUGUCAUCGCGCUGGGGGCAGGAGGCUGCCGGAGUGGGCAGGGGCAACUUAUGGCCACCUCAGGGACCCUGCUGGUGCUGAACAGCCCUGGAGAGGCAGGGAGAGAGUCUCGGAGCUGGUGUAGCCACGGCCAGCGUGCAGCAGAGAAUUCAGUCGUCGCUCCGUGAAGUACGCUGUGUGAACCUUGCCUACCGCUCAGCAGCCUUCCUCCCCUCUGUGUCCUCUGUUGCAUUUACCUGCUUCCAAGCUAUCCACCUACCAACCUCCUCCACCUCUCACUUCCAGCCACUCACCUUCCCUCUCUUCCACCCACCAGGCUAUGAGUCCUGCCUGUGCCCGCGUCUGCUCCUCUCAUGAGGCGUGUGUGAGCCGCACCUGGAGGUGCCACUAGUGUGCAUGAAUGGGUUGGAUUGUGGGUCUCUGUACAUGCGCACCUCCGGGUGCGUUUUGUGGAUGUUUGUGCUGGUAUGCACCUGCACGCAGGUGUGUGUGCACUGCUCAAGACUUGCUUCCCGGGGACUCAGCUUCUGCAGAAGCCUCGUGUGUGAGUGUCCUGCGUAGGGUGUGCUGGGGGACAGGCGUGAGAUGCACAGCAGGAAGUGGGCUAGCUUCCAGGAGGGGCUGAGGAUUAUCUUUAAAACAUAACGGAUUUAGUUUACAAGGAGGGACGUGAUUUUCAGGAAACCCUGGGUUCCGUAUUGGGAGUUUAAUUUUCAUUUUCCUUGAAAAGUUAGAUUUCUCCCUUCAAGGGAAGGGCACACCUGGGCUGGAGGAAAAGUGCAGUUUCUCAGAUUGAGAGGCCCUGUGACUUCCUUCCAAGUGUCUUGGGUGGGCUCUGCCACGGCAGGGCGAGGCUGGGGUCUCUCGCAUCUGUUGGAGGCAGAGGGCUUGUCUGUGGCCAGACCCAAAUGCCAGCAGGUUGCUGGGAAGCUGCAGGGGAUUCGAAGUGGGAAGUUCGCUUUCAGCCAUGUCAACGUUUCUUAACCACAUUUGAAGACACUGGCCCACAGGCCUGUCAUGCCGUGUGUCCUCUCUUUCUUGGCGCCUACUCGCCGUCAGUACAUCAUCCGCUCCAUCCAAUCACUUCUCUUCGUGACAGAGCGUUAGCAACACUUGCUGCCGCCCUUUGAAACCUUGGGCAUCCCUGAAACGUUAGGAGGACUCCCAGGGAAGAAGCAAACCUCCCUGGGCUCAACUCACCAUCCGCAGUGCAGGGGCUUUGAACGGCUCUGUGGGAGGGAGGACCAGACAUGUCUGGAUACGCAUACUCUAGAGUCCUAUCCUGCCUGGAGGAGAAAAAAAAAAAAAACACCCAGCCGCUGGCCAGGAGGGGGCGCUGUACAGAUGGCAGGUCCUGGCCAGGAGAAGAACCGCCCAGGUGGCCUUGGCCCUGCAAACACAGGGACAUGACCACGGAGUUAGCAUGCCACUCCAAGCAGUUAGGGCAGCUUUCUGGUGGUUGAGUAGCUGAGGAAGAAGUGGAGAAGGUAGAGGGGGCCUGCACUUCAGAGGCUCAUUUGGUCGGACUCUGCUACUCCAAAUCAAAGUAGAACCCAACCUGCCAAGGGGAUGAAGGGUCAGUGGCUGCACUAAAGCGCCCAGGUCAAGUUCAAGUUCCUUACCUCUGUGCACAUAAGGCAUAUGACCAUGGGUGUAUGUGCGUGGAGCUCCUCGUGAGUCAAGGCCCAUUUCAGCUUUUACUUCCUUCCCUACCUUCCUAUACAGGGACUCGGGAAACUGGGCUGCCUGCUGCACCGUGGUUCCGUGUCUUUCUCUGCUCCUUUUUGGAGUUUGAGUUUCUUAUAUAUCCUUUUCCUCUCUCUCUCUCUCUCUCUCUCUCUCUCUCUCUCUCUCUGCAUCAGCUUCCGUUAAUUAACAUAGUGAAGUGAUUAAUCUCUAGAGAGGCUCACAGACUCCAGGAAGCCCCCUCUUCUGUUUGUUGUGGCUGUAGGUUUCACAAGGAGGUCUGUGGCUUGCUGGCAUCAAAACACAAAAAUAAAAAACUGUGCCUGUUCCAGCUUCAACCCUCCUAACAAGCCUUAGCCUUUCAACAGCUCUCUCCUCUCAACUUCAGGGAUCACGAAGUCACAAACUUUGGACAGCUCCACCAAGUCAAGGCCAAGCCUCCUUUGCUGUCGUAUCCCUAUGCAUCCCCGGGGUCCUGGUGCCGUGCAGGUCCGUGAGGGUGAGUGACUGCACCCAGCAGUGCUUGCCUUGCCUUUGAGGAGAGAUGACCCCGAGACUGAGCCCUCUGUCUCUGCCCGUGUGCCCGACACUGCGGCACCACGUGUAGCUGUCCUGAUUUGGUCUGGGACUGUGCUACUUAGUGUCUGAGGCUACCCACCAGCGUCAAGUUCAGAGAAAUCAAAUCCGUAAACCAGAGGCACGCAGAGUUGACUCUCCCCACCCAGCUCACCGAGGGUGCUAAUUAACUGGUUUCCAGGUGCCCUGGAUAGAGAGCAGAAGACGCACACUGUGGCUGUCUUCUGCUGUGGUCUGCCUGGGAUACUUGGUUGAUCCUUGGAAGUAAAGGGAAACUGCUCCAGGACUAAUCGUCCAGGCCCCUUCCAGGGAAAUCGGAAGACAGACGGGGCACUGGGUGCAUCCCGCCCCGCCGGCUUCGGUGCUGCCUUCCUGCUGGCAUUCGCUAGAGUAAGUGGACAUUGGAGUCGGUGCGCACCGAUGAUCCUGGGGUCUCAGGGCAGUCAGCUUUGGGGCUGCAUUUGCCGUCUCUCCGUGGAUGCCACCAUCGUAUAAAAUGUGUCUUAAAAAUAAUUUCUAGUGCUUGGGAUAUAUUUAUUCUCGGCUAAUGGGUUUCUCCCCUAAUACAAACCCAUUGCAGAACAUGAGAAAAAUAAAACACGAAAAUUACUAAACACCAAUUGGACAUUCCGGCAUUCCAAGGCCACUACGAUGCACCCCAUCGAAAUGGUCGUAGCCACCAAACUUUCCCAGUGACUCUGCCGUCUCUGGGCGAACACCUGGCCACAGAGCCAUGUUGCUAAGCAUUGGAUUGAUUCUGUAUCCAUGAAGGCAGGAGCACAGGACUCUGGGCCUCAGAGACAGCAAGGAGGCCUUUGAAAGCUCAAUGCCACAGCUUUAGGGGCUUGUGGAGCAAAGGUGCAGGAUUCCUAUUUGGGGUGAGGGUUCUCUCUCUCUCUCUCUUCCUUCUACUUUAUUUUUCAGGUGCCAUCUCAAUCUAACCGUGGUUGUAAGCGCACUGGAGCCCGAGUAGCUCACUGACUAAGCUGCACUUGUAUAGCACCGUUACUGUAAAUGUCAUUUCCUCUCUGCACUAAAAUGAUUUGCGACUCUGGGCACUGUGUCUUCUCCAUACUUGAACUUCCUCAUCCACAAAAUGAGGACAGUGAUAACACUUUACCUCAUGGUAUAUUAAGGGUGACAAAGAAAUUGCAAAGUGAUUUGCAAACAUACGAAGUAUCAUAUGAAUUAUGCACUGCUCAGAUUACACUGCAGCAGCAAGGCCCCCACUGGAUGGAAUCCUUCCAGCUCGUCUCUGUGCCUUGCUGCGGAAAGAAUAAUCCAGAGAGAGAGAGAGCGAGCGAGCAAGCGAGCAGUUGCCCUGGCUGCUGGACAGGACAGUACCCAUCCAGCUGAGGCACGGGGGAUUCUGUUCUGCAUUCCGGUCCCCCAGAGAAGCGGGCUCCUUCUUUGCUUUACUGUUCCCCGGUUUCUUUCUUUUUGUCCAAAGCCCAUUUUUGAUUAUUCCAAGUGAUGACGGAAUGAAUAAACCAAAUGGAGCAAAUAGCAUAGAUGAGCUACAGCAGUUAACCGAGGUGCAUGGUCAAAGCCUUAAAAAGAGCCUCCUCUCCUUAGUUCUAGGUCUAUGUGCUCGAGUGGGGAAAGGCAUCGUGAGCUUUCGACUGUAAGAUGAGGACAUCUUCGAAGGAGCUGGGCAUGACUUUCCUCUUGUCGGUUGGGGAAGCCAGUGCAUCCAUCCUCAAAUGCUUAUGGGUUCCUUUGGAAGCUCUUUGGAUAGUCCACUCACCAGGCUGUGUUCUGCAUAAGAUGUAGCUGGGAUAACUGACUCCCAGGUUCUAAACGAGAAGACAAGGCACUUCUGAAAGGGUCUCCACACUUUGGUUUGCUGUGGAGCAGGUUUCAAUGCCGUGGAGAGACUUUCUCCUCGGGAAAGCUGAGUCAUCGCUCUAGGUCUAGCUAGAGCCCAGCCAGUAACGGCAGAGCCACCCAAUGGCAGCAGGUGUUUGUUCAGUCUUGAGAAACUCACUACUGGGCCCAAGCAAGGGAGCUGCACCCUUCGGCAGGACGGGCCUUGGCAAAUACAGCAGCUCCUGCUCUUCAUUCCCAAGGACUGGGCUUUGCCCAGAAGGAGCUCUGUGCCCCUGCAUCCCCUCCCCGCUCUAGAUAAGCUCUCCUUCCCUUUCUAGUCUGUGUGUACCAGUGUGUCUGGUGUGAGUGCGAUAAAGCCGUCCCCAUAGAGAUUUCCAGGAACUCCUUUGCAUACUCCUCCCCCAUUUCCACCCAUGGUGUGACUGUUUUGCUAUUCAAGACUAUCUGUAAAAAUGUACAAAUAAAAGUGGAAACUGAAAACAAAGGGGAGGGAUGUUGACUCGAACGCAACGAGGUAGCCCUCAGUUUUCUGAGGACUUAUGUGGACUGCCCUAAAAUCCCGACUCUGGCUGGGAUUUGAAGGGAGGGAAGCCAUGGGCACAGGAGACUUUUCUGAUGGUUUCUCCGACAGUCAUUCGUGUCUGCUUAGAACUCUCUGUUCUGAAAGUUUUUUGCCUUUAAAGUGAAAUUCAGUUCCCCCAAAGUAAAAGCAAAUCAUCAAAGUUGAAGGUGAAGGCCAUGAGAAAGUUCAGCACAAAGACCCGCCCCAGGGCCUUUGUUCCUGGCUCACGGGGCCGUGGGCGACUCUGUUACCUCACCCCGUCUCUGCGUCCUCUCAGCCAAACAGGGGCCGGGGGCUCCUGGGGCACCCAGCCUCCUUGUCCAUGCUGCUGCUAUCUUUAGGGAGGCGUGGAGCCCCUGGUGUGUGCGUCCCUCCCUGGGUCCAUCAGAAGAGCUGUUCUCCCUGUACCCUUGCCCUGUGCUUUCGCUGCUCAGAAAGUAACCUCACACUAAGCGCCAGUGUGUGCUUGGAGUCCAAAGCCUUUUCCCUACCUUUCGUUCUCAGACUGCUUCUCCCGCGCACUUUGACGACCUGAUGUUGCUAAGUGUACCGACAGAGCUGCGCUGCGUUGGGCUGGGUGGAACGGGCAUCGAGAGAUGAUGCGUGGAAACUGCUUUGAGAUCUGUGACACGCUCUACAAGCAUGGCUUAUAGGGUCAGAGGCAGGGAGCUGCACGGGGGCGAUCCCAAACAAGAAUGCAGCAGGCAGCAGUGGGCGUGGGCGGGAGAGGAGGGGUAGAAGAUAAAGGUACCUCGUGGAAGGAGAGAUGGCAGAAUCCUCAGCGUGGCGGCAGAGAAGGAUCCAAAGGCAGUGACCUUCAGGUCAGAGAGCGGACGAGGGAGGGACCGGGCUCCCGCAGCACACAGAGCCGCCCCCACCCCCAGCACUGGGAGGUCCCGCCACCCCAGAGGCGGGUGCCCACCAAGCUUGUCCUGGCCCCAGCUCCCCUCCGCCCCACAGUUACAGGCACCUUAGGCCUGAGCCCUCUCUGAUUGCCCAGCUCCAGGAAGGAGAUUCGGACCAACACCGUCCAAUCGAAGUGCGGUGUAGGCCACACGUGCAAUUCAGGCCACACGUGCAAUUCGACGUAUCCCUGUGGCCACAUUUUUUAAAGAGUCCAAAGAAAUGUGAAGUUAAUUUUCAGGCUAUGUUUUAACCCGACGUAUCAAGAAUAUUAUCACUUCCACAUGGAAUCUGUAUAGAAAAUUGCUGACAAAUUUUACCAUAUUCUUUUCUCAAAUGAAGUCUUCAAAAUCCAAUGUCAGUUCUACUCUUGGCAAACACCUCACUUUGGACCAACCCUAUACAUGCAGGGCUCAAGUGCCACGCGUGGCCGCUGGCUGCUGCGUGGGACACUGCAGAUCUGGGCUUCUCUUAGGAGGCUGCGUGGGCUGCUCCUCCAGUGAGUCCUGGCCGGCCGUAGAUCUGCACGUGGCUGCGCGAGGCAGGAGGCUGUGCUGGCCCCGAGCAGGAAGCACAGAGCUAGGUCCAGGUGGCCGGCUCCACCUCCGCAAGUUCUGCUUCACUUGCUUAGUGAACGACGAUGCCCACUGACGUGAGCCACGUGUCACAGCUGCCCCGGAGAGCAUCAGAGCUGCUACUGGGCGUGGCCCUGAUGACCUGCCGUGGUCCUAGCCGUCAACGCAGAUGGCCUUGGUUAGCUAGGGAGCAUCCGCCGCUGCCCGCCCUUGUCCAGACACCCUUAAUCUUACAGUGGGGAGGGAGCACGCAGGCCUUCCCUUUGUUGAGAGUAAAGAUCUCCACUCUCUUGUCAUCCGGUCCACUCACCUGCCAAGAUGCUGUCACCAAUAUUUGGAGCUGUUUCCUCCAUCCCUUAAUUUCCGAAAAUUUUUAGCUCGAAGUCAGAUGCUAAAAGGGAGGUGCCCUGGGAAGAGCAGUGGCCACAGGCAGGCUGGAUCCCCCAGGAGGCAGCGGUGACAAGUUCUGUCCUUCCACAGGGUCUCGGGCCACCCCAGCCUACCUCUGCUCCCUGCCUGGAGACCUUCCUUAGGUUUGAAGGAAACUCCUUGGUCCAGGAAAGAGACGAGUAGCAAGGUCUUAGUGCACGGAACAGAAUAAGAUGCAAGCAGCCAACCCCUGGGCGUUCUCAAAGCAUUUCAAAGAGCCAGUGUGACAAGGCUUGACUCAGUUACAACAGAGCGUUCUGAGCCCUGUGUUGCAAGGGAAAGACAAUGAGUUGAUUUGGUGAGUAUGUUUUAUAUAUGGUCAUUAGACAGGGACCAUCGCCAACAAAGCUCUCCAACACCUGGAGUGUUUACGGUCCAGCAGUCAUCGCUCAGUCGAUCCAGAUUCAUGUACCUUUCCUUUAACUUGCAUCGUGCUUUCUGAUCGGUUAGACGAGGAGUGGUGUGUGCUGCAGGAUUCUAACAAGCCUCUCCCCUUGGAGGUAACAAUUCCUGUGGUUAUUGGUGCUAAAAUAAGAUUAAAUAUCCUGUUAAUUCGUUCUGAUAUGAUGUGAAUAAAUGUGUUGUUUAAUCUUAACGAGAAUGCUACAUCUUAUCAGAUCUAUUGUACUGUCUGUUCCUUCUCAUAAUUAAUUAAUUACAGGAAAGGUGAUCCCACCCACAUCUGGAAAGUGCGUGACAUUCUGAGGGGUGACUCCAGCGGGAGUGGGAGGGGACGAAAGGGGAAACUGCCAGGUUCCUGCGACUCUGGAAGGACCGAGGGAGCACCGAGCAUUUGGGGACCUCACUGAAAAUGACUGCAUCUUGCAAUUUUCUUUCUCAAAUUGGCAGAAAUAUUGUAUUUCCAUCGAUCGAAGAAAAAAAAAGUGUCUGGUAAUUAAUUAAAUGACUUGUUCAUGGAAAAAAAUAAAAAUAAAUAACCUGUCAGUUGUGGAAUGUAAACUGAUUAAACAAUUAAAUAAAGAAGAUCAUGUUGUGUGUUUUA